CCGCCAUGGACCAGCUCAGUGAAGCCCAGAUCGCAGAGUUCAAGGGAGGCCUUCUCGCUGUUCGACAAGAGGUGCGUCGCACUCGGUUCCACGGCGACGGCACCAUCACGACGCGCGAGCUCGGCACCGUCAUGCGCUCGCUCGGGCAGAACCCGACCGAGGCCGAGCUGCAGGACAUGAUCAACGAGGUCGACGCCGACGGCAACGGCACGAUCGACUUUCCCGAAUUCCUCACCAUGAUGGCGCGCAAGAUGAAGGACACCGACUCGGAGGAGGAGGUGCGCGAGGCGUUCAAGGUCUUUGACAAGGACGGCAACGGCUUCAUCUCGGCCGCCGAGCUGAGGCACGUCAUGACCAACCUCGGCGAGAAGCUGAGCGACACCGAGGUCGAGGAGAUGAUCCGCGAGGCGGAUACCGACGGCGACGGCCAGAUCAACUACGACGAGUUCGUCCGCAUGAUGAUGAGCAAGUAGGAGCCCUCAACUCCGCCCUGCUCGUCCCCUCUCCUUCCCCUCUCCCUCUCGCCCAUCCGUACCUACCCACUUCCCCCUUCUCGUCAUGACCCCCCACAAGCAGUCCCCCCUCCCCCUCCCUCCCUCCUUCCUGCACCUCUCCCUCGCCUGUUCCCCCCUCUCUCUCUCUCGUCCUGCCGGGCUAGCCCCCGCAGCGCUGCCCCCCCUUUUUUCCCCUCUCCUCUCGUCCUCGCCUCAACCCAUGCCAACGACUCGUCUCCCCUUCUCC